UGGAAACGUAAAAUAAAAACAUGAAAGCGCAGAUGUUUGUUUUCAUGUGGAGAAACACACGACUCACAUAGUUGAUCUCUGAUGACCUCACUCAUAUUAAUCACAGAAACAUGAAUAAUGAUCAUAAUUCACUUCAUUCAGCAACUUUAACUUCAGUGUGAAGAACUCACAGCUGCAGAAGAAAACUUAGCGUCACAUCUGAAACAAGCGGCGGCUCCGUGGUUUGGCAGCGGUCGGCCUCCGUCAGUGUGCUGCUCUAGCGCCACCUACCUGCCCCCUCCCUCCCUGCUGCCCCUGGAGGGGGGGGGAGGACCCUCCUCUCUGGUAACAGUCCUCCCCUUCUCCUCUGACCCACUCAGCCUCUCAGCGACAUGCAGCAGACGCUCCCGUCAGAGCGAGCGGCAGCAGCUCGUCCUCUCAUCACUCACCUUCCUCCUGCAGGACCACGCUGCUCCUCCUCCUCCUCCUCCUCCUCAGGACCGUCACACCUGAGGAACGAGUGGACUCCAGCUCCUGGAUGUUUUUAUUCACCUGGAUUUUCUGACUCGUGGUGGAAAAGUUUGACAAACGGACUAAAAGUGAAUUGAUUUUCUAACAGAUUCCCGUGUGGGACAGACGCUGCAGUGGGGAACCUCUGGUCGGCGUGGCGACAUGUUCUGCUCCAGGAGAGUCCUGCAGCAGUGGAGCUUCGCCGUGUUCCUGCUCUGCUCCCCGGUGCCGCACCUCGGACGUCCCAUCGACGCCCUGAGCAGCAGAAUAAAGCGCUCGGUGACUCACGCUCAGCUGAUGCACGACAAAGGCCGGACGCUGCAGGACUUCAAGCGUCGCAUGUGGCUGCAGGAGCUUUUGGAUGAAGUCCACACGGCGGAGAUCCGGGACCUGCCGGUCCGGACCACCGGAGGAGGAGGUGGAGGAGGAGGAGGAGGGAGCAGCAGCGGCGGGCUGCCGGGCGGCGGCCUGGGCAUCAACCUGAGCACCACGGGCAGCACGCUGCACUCCAAACCCCCCGGAGGAACCAAGAACCUCCCCAUCAGCUUCAGGCUGGAGGAGGAGGAGGGAACCAACCUGCCGCAGGAGACCAACAAGUCUCAGACGUACAAGGACGGAGUCCUCAGGGCGCCGGGCAAGAAGAAGAAGAAAGGUCGGUCGGGGAAGAGGAGGGACGGAGAGAAGAGGAAGAGGAGGGCGCGUUCGCUCGGCUGGAGGCUGGAGGACGAACCCGGGAGCGGACUCCACCUGGAGUGGAGGUCGCUGCUCGGCCUGCGGAGGGCGCUGCUCUAACACGCUGUCAGUCUCUGACAAAGAACCUUCAGAGUUGCAGUCGACUCCUAAACACUCGUGUUACGUCUGUAAUCCUGAUGUUUGGAAAGAAAUUGGAAAAUAUUUAUUGUCUGUAAAUAUUCUAAAUAUAGCAGAAUAGAUGGCAGAAUAUGAUUAAAAAAACUUAUUUGAUGCUCUGCAGGGCAACAGAUUUUAAUCUUUGUGAAUCCUUUUUGCUUUUUUUCAUUUUUUUAUUACAGUUAUGUCAGAUUUCUUUGCAGUAAUUUAUUUCGUCCGGUGUAUUUAUUUUGUAAAUGUAUCGAGGUGCUGCUGACCCUCUAUAUUUUUGUACCAUAAUGCACUUUAGAUAUAUAAAUAUAAAUAUAUAUACCAUUAAUUGUGUUGAUUGAAAUGAAGAACAAAACGACAGUCGUUAUUCUGUGUAACUUUUGGUCCUCGACUCUUCGUCCACUUGUUUCUUUGCUGCUGUUUUUUUCAGAUGUUUGUUUGUUUGUCGAUCCUCGUGAUGCCUUCACUGUCCCCUCGUGAUGCCUUCACUGUCUCCGUUUCCUCCAACACCUGCUCUGCUUCUCAAUGCCAAAGUUCAUAUUUGUACAUAAACCCAACACGGCUCGAUAUUGUUGUUUUUGGCACUUGCACUGAGAUAAACCCUCUGUACUGAACGGAUUAAACAUUUGACGGUAA